UCAAGCGCCUUGUGACCACACACAUCGGAAGCAUCCCUGAAUUGGCAGAGCUUUUCCAAUCUCGCUCAGUCCUUUCCCCCCGAAUCGAGCAACCAUGUCGCUGAUCCGCCGCAGCAACGUGUUCGACCCCUUCUCCCUCGACCUCUUCGACCCCUUCGACGGCUUCCCCUUCGGCUCCGGCAGCAGCAGCAGCGGCGGGGGCAGCCUCUUCCCCUCGUUCCCGCGCACCUCCUCCGAGACGGUGGCCUUUGCCGGAGCGCGCAUUGACUGGAAGGAGACGCCCGAGGCUCACGUUUUCAAGGCGGACGUGCCGGGGCUGAAGAAGGAGGAGGUGAAGGUGGAGGUGGAGGACGGCAACGUGCUCCAGAUCAGCGGCGAGCGGAACAAGGAGCAGGAGGAGAAGUCCGACACCUGGCACCGCGUGGAGCGCAGCAGCGGCAGGUUCCUGCGCCGGUUCAGGCUGCCGGAGAACGCCAAGGCGGAGCAGAUCAAGGCGUCCAUGGAGAACGGCGUGCUCACCGUCACCGUGCCCAAGGAGGAGGCCAAGAAGCCCGAGGUGAAGUCCAUCCAGAUCUCUGGCUAGGCUGAUCUGAAGCUAGAUGUUCAGUUUGCUGCUUGGGUGGAU